GCGUUUUCAGCAAGCAAAAGCUGGAGCAGAAAAUCACGCAGAGAUUCCUAGUGAAUGAUGAACUGAUUAGGUCGCUAGAUAAGUCCGCAUUCUCUCGUUUUCCGCGCUACGACUGGUGCGCGCGCUGUUGGUAGUUUGCCUUGCACUGGCGUCUUGCAGACACAAGACUUCCCCAUUUUCACCCUUGAAGUUGUUUCUGGCAAGCUCACCGCCAUUUUGCUCAAGUAUUUUCGUUGAGGCGUCUCGUGCAAGGUGAAAACACUCAAGAGUUGCACGAGUUCUCUGCAGUAUCAACUGCGGCCUCCCCACUCUGGCGAACUCCAUCGUUGCAUGCUUUCUUGCUCUGCGAGUAGAGGGAAGCUCACGAAAAGUCUGUUCCGCCUGUGCGUGUUGAACGCGUUUUCGGUAGCUGAUUUUGGGGUUGACACAGUUUCUUCUUUUGCGUUAAGUGUUCCGUUUCUACGUACAACGGGAGACGUCUUUAGAGGCCGAAAGGUCGGAUCCUGUCCAACUGCGCCAUCUGUUCCACCGGUGCACUGCAGUGUCAACGUCCGCGGCCGUUCUCUUUUUCCACAUUUCCGCGAGCAAAAAGGUGACUGGUAAACCUGUCAAGGGUUUCUCUUCCGAGGGUGCUUUUCUCUCGCUCUUCGAUCCGGAUCGAAAAGUGUGUCAGCAGUCCGUCCCCGAAUGUUCCGAUAAUCUUCCUUCUACACCUUUCCCAGUCACUGAAAAAGUUCUUCUCUCUCCUUUCCAAAUCCGGUGGCAGUCGCCGCAGCUACCGCCACCACGACAAUUCGAGUCCCUCAACGGCGUUCGUAGUGCUUCUCGUGAGUGAGUGUGUCACCAAACGCAUCAAUGACUUUAUUUUUGUCCGCAUGUGCACGGAACGGCGCGUACGCAUGCGUAUCGGCGCAAGUGUUUGCUCCUCUGCGAAGAAUUUCGUCGAGAGCUUUCCAAGAAACCUACGCCUCACGGAUUCUAAGUUGAGUGUGCAUUCGUAGAAGGCAAAGUGCACCUUAUUUGCGCGCCUUGUUUUCGGUUGCUUCGGUCGAGCUGGCAGUCGAUGAAACGCGUCUUCGAGGCGUGACCUUCUUCUUGUUUUACCCUGUCCACAGCCCUGCAAUGGGCGCCUGCAAAAGCAAGCCAAAGACUAAGCGGCCCGCGGAGGCCGACGGCGGCAAUGUCGCGGUCGCCGCGGCGCCGACGGCUGCCCCCGCGGAGGGCGAGGCAGAAAUGCAGAAACCGGAGGGAGCGGUGACGCCUGCAGGGGAAGCUGCUCCGAGCCAGGCCAACGAAAAGACAGAGGCGCACCCAGAGCUUUCUGCAGCGCCCGAAGAGCAGCAAGGAGGCGCGACAGGGAGUGCAGAGGCCGGCGGAGCUGAGGCGUCGGGUGAGGCGGGGACCGCGGAGGCGAAGACUGGCGACGCAGCUGAGGGCGACAAAGACGCGAAUGCGGCAGCGGGCGGCUACCACAUGAGCGCGGAACCGGAAGUGGACGUGAGGACCGUCGAGGGAGAGGGAGCUGAGGGCGACCUCGUGUCGAGACCCGUAGUCACGCUGGCGAACGGCGUGACGUAUACCGGCCAGUGGCUGGGCACCAAGAAGCACGGCCAGGGAGUGCAGCAGUGGCCGGACGGAGCCAAGUACGUAGGUCAAUGGAAGGACGGAUUCGCGGACGGUCAGGGGGUAUUUACGCACGCGGACGGGGACUUCUACGAAGGCCAGUGGCGGAUGGACAAGGCGAACGGGUACGGGGAGUACAGACACUCGGACGGAAGCGAGUACCGGGGCGGGUGGCGCGACGACAAAAAGCACGGCGAGGCCGUCGAGAAAUGGGCAGACGGGUCUCACUUCGAGGGCCAGUACGCGAACGGAAAGAAGGAGGGCGAGGGUUCCUUCACCUGGCCCGAGGGCUCGCACUACCGCGGCCAGUUCCGCGAAAACGAAAUCCACGGACAGGGUCGGUACAUCUGGGCUGACGGCCGCUGCUACGAAGGCCAGUGGGCGCACAACCGCAUGAAUGGCGAAGGUGUCUUCACCUGGUCAGACGGGCGCAAGUACGUCGGCGGGUACGUGAACGACAAGAAGGAGGGCCAAGGCACUUUCUUGUGGACUGACGGCCGGUCCUUCCGCGGCGGCUGGCUGAACGGCAAGCAACACGGUGUCGGAGAGUUCACAGCGCGCUCCGGGGAGAAGAAACGCGGCAUCUGGGACCAGGGCGUCCGCCAGCGCUGGCUCGAAGACAACGAAGACGUCGACGAACACGGCCAAGUAGUCAAAGUCAACGUUGAAUCCCGCUCCGCAAACGCCGCACCCGCCAGGACAGAUACAAACGCGAUUCGCCAAACAGCCAGCACUGCCGGCUCGGCGCAGCCCGCGACUGGCAGCAGGGCCUCGUUGAACGGAGCGCAGCUCAGCUCUCAAGGCAGUGGGUCGGGCAGAACCUUGCACCCCGGAAACUCAGGCAACGCCGAGCAUACCCAGUUCCUCGGUGUCGAGAGCGCUCCUGUCACAGCUUGACGCUUCUUGAAGAUCAGCCUCGCGCGACAGCAAGCACUGACCAAAUGGCGACAGUGUGGAGACUCUUGCGGUUCUGCUUCAAGUAUAGACAAUAUAUCUCCGUAUGGCUCAAGCUAUACGCAGAAUCGCAAUGAAAAGCAAGCUGAGUAGUCCGGAACGCAAGGUGGCGUCAGCAUAAACGUGAGUGCACACGACACCCACGGAGACCGAAGAUGGAAGAUGUCUUCAGUGUAUUUUCUGACUGUGUGGAAGACGGGAAGCUGCGGGAGGAAAGGCGCCUUCGGUGCAUGUGUGGGUGUGUACAGAAAAAGAUCAGGGAAAAGUUGAACCCCCGUCUGUUCUCUGAGUGACAGAAAUGCCGUGAUCGGUACCUGAGUGCUUAUGGAUCAAAAGUGACACACAGAACUGUGUUUGAGAGUUUUUGGCAGAAAUGUAGCGGCAUCAGAAACGGAGUCAGUGUGCACAAGCAGGUUCUCCUUUCUGGCGUACUUGAGUGGUGCACUUUUCUUUUGGACUUGUGCCGCGCCGAGGUCGCAGUCGUGAUCUUACCGACCGGGAACAGGGUGUGGCGUGUUGCCUUCGCAAGGCGUUGUGCAGCCAUCUCGAGUGCGAGAAGGGCUCAGGUGUCUGUACGCGCCAGGGCACCCUCAGACACUCUGCAGUGUGGCCUCACCGCUGAAGCUCUUUCGAAAGGCGUGUCGCUCUUCGGUUUCUGUUCUCAACUCUUAUAUUGUCUCGGAUGUGGUGUAUGUCUUCUGCACCCGCAACAGGGUGCGUGUGUAUAUGUGUAUGUGCGUGUGUGUACGGAUGCAUUUAUGCAUGUCUGCACGACGCGUCAGCCAGGAAAGCAAGGUGGGGCCGGAAUUUCGCGCAGCCAGAAACUGUUGCGAAUGCUGAUCGAGGAAGUGCUCAGUGGCCACUCAGUUACACGGGACCCAACUCGUGUGUGUUUCAAGUUUCAAGAGCGCAGGAGUUCGAACAGGCUCCGGUUUUCCUGUCGGCCUGAAGCCGGUGGCCGUUUGUGGGCAUCCCCUGCGUAGUCUACGCGUGGAGACAGGGUCGAUUGCCGCGAUUCCUUGCCGCUCUUUGAUUUCUCGUCCUGCUCUUAACGGCAGUCGUUUCCGCUCCGAAAGGUUGCGAGUUGGGUGUGCACAAGUGCUUCUCUUUCCAGUUGUCUUACCACGUGAAACAUGGGCAGAGAUCCGCACGUGAAGCUGAUGCUGUUUUCUCUGUGGGGAGGACCCAACGUCCGGCGUUUAGGAUUUCUCUCCUUUCACGCCUCAGACGUGGAUGUCCCGAUAUCACACUGAAAAGCAUUUUUUUCCGUGACGUGCGCCACCAUUUUCCCGCAUAUUUCGCCUGGUGCCACCUCAUUUUCGGCGCAUUGCUCCCGCAAUCUGCGAAAAUGCACUGUGCCAGUCACUUCGUCAGACAAAUGAUUCUUUCCUUUCUCACGCACACAUGAAAUGGGGGCCAAACAAGAGGAUGUGAUUCAGAAACCAAAAAACGCCCUUUAAUAAGGUCGAGUGUGG